AUGAGCGAAGCAUGGGCGCUACCAAGAGAGCCAACCAGCCCGAAGGACCUGCAGAAGGCAUUUCCCUUUCAUGGUUACAUUGAGCGAGCUGAGCACCGGGCAAUCAAGACCAUCCAAAUUCGGAGGUUUGUGGACUUUGCAUCCACCAGUUGCUCCACAUUGGCUGUUCCUGAGCUGUCAGCCGCAGAGCUGAACUUCUACCACUUAAACGAGUUCUUGAUUCUGCCAGCUUGUCAGGAACACCAAUGCUCUGCUGUAGAGCUUGUCGAAUGCAAACCUCAAAGUCCCUUGGUCUUUAUAAGUCAUUGGUGGGGAAGCAAGAUCAAACACUUCCCAGAUUGCUUGGAACACUACAGCAGGAGAAAGGAGUUUAAGCAAGAAGUCCUAUUUUGGAUAUUCGCUUUUGCAGAAAGGCAUCCAAGAAAACAUCUCCAAGAGGGUCCAGAUGCUGGUUUUAUUGGUGCACUAGCUUUGGCUGACUGUUUUUUGCUUAUGCUUGGAAAGGGAGACCAGGUCAGCACAUUUUUCUCGCGGACCUGGUGCCUGUUUGAGGUGGAGCGGGCCAUUCGGGAGAAGAAGGUUAUGGAUUUUGCACUACAGGAUCCUCCAGACGUUCUCGUGGAAACUUUCUUUGACCAGGUCGGUCAAAUGGAGAAGAAGACACCGCGCUCAGAAGCGAGAAGCAUCUCAAUGCGGGAGCAUCCAUUUCCUAUCCAGGCGAUUGAACCUGGUUUGCAGCUCGAUAUACGAACAUCACAGGCUUCAAACAAGGAAGAUUAUGAGAGGAUUCUCCAAGCUGUCGCAGGAUUUGAACCUUCUCAUCUCCCAGAGCCCGGCGAAGCAAGGACAUCACAGGAGCGCUUUUGCAAGUUCAAUCGCCGCCUGCGGGGCGAACUAGCUUUAGCAAUGUGGUAUCAGGUCAUUCAGCAAGGGCUCGCAGACCCCAAGCGCUUGGCUCGUGUAAUUUUGGCUGACGAGGAAAGAACCACCCUGAACAAGAACUUCUCACAUUCCAAUUUUGGUGACUAUCACUUGGCACAGCUUGCAGCAGCACUGCCAAGCAAUCUAUUGCAUUUGCAGUUAUCACUUUGGUCCAGUCAAAUUGGAACUCCGGGAAUUCGAGCACUUUCGAAAAGUUUGUCUCAGCUCAAACAUUUGGAGACACUUACUUUGGAUUGCCAGAUGUGCUCCCGCAUUGGUCAAACAGGUGUGGACGCACUGGGCUUAUGCUUGCCAACGACGAUCACAGUCCUUCGUUUGAACUUUCACGGUGCUUUUGCCGUACGCAACAUUCUGGGUUUGGCAAAGGGCAUUGCAAACCUUCGAAAUUUGCGUGUCCUCAGCAUUGACAUUGGAGGCAUCGAGAAUAUGGACCACAGGCAAGUGAGAACUAUCGCUGAAAGCUUUCCACCACGCCUGAUGAACCUGCACUUGGGAUUGAGGGGCUGCCCAUAUUUCACAAGCUCUGGAGUCCAAUCCAUGGUCUUGAGUCUUCCGCCUGAAAUGUCGAUGCUGUCUUUGAACUUCAGUGUGUGUGAUCGAAUUAACAAUGAUGCUGUGAGAUGGCUGGCCUUCAAAAUGCCACGCAUGCUUAAGGUGCUUCAAAUAGAUCUGUCGGAUUGUGUUCAAGUGGAUGACACAUCCGUGCUGCUCCUCAUGCAAAAGUUGCCAUCCGCUCUGAAGGGCGUGACAAUCAAGCUUGCUGGGACCAGGGUUUCUUUACCAAUACAAAGGGCAGGCAGAAAACUCGAAACUAUUCGCAGACUGCUGGAUUCUCAAGAGAGAAAAACGGGCAGCGUCCGACAGAGUCCACUGAGAAGAACCGGCACAACAACCACGAUCGACAUGGCCGAGUUCAAGUUUGCCUCUCCAACCUUUUCGUCCCAUUCCCAUUUUGCUCAACCUCUUGCAGAGUAUGCUCGCGGCACCCAUGACAAACCUUGUGCCGGGUCAUCCAUUCGCUUUCUCCUUUCAGUUACGCAACGAUCUCAAGGACUUUCCGAGGGCACCUACCCCUUUGCAUCAUUGAAGGAGCCCUCAACUUUCAGCAAAGCUCGAUGCAACACUGCACCAGCAUUGAUGAAGGAGUCGGGAAAGAGAUGCGCGACGUGUUUUUAA